AUGCCGCCCUAUACUAACCAAGGGCCUGUCAGCGCCGACGUGGAUUUCGACACAGGCGGCGUCAAGGGCAAGACGGCCAUAGUCACUGGCGGAGCCAAUGGAAUAGGUGAGGCAUACGUGCGUGCUUUGACCAAAGCUGGUGCAUUUGUUGUCAUCGCAGAUUUAGAUGAGGAGGAGGGGACCAGACUCGAGAAAGAACUGGGCAGGCAAGACACUCACUGUGACAAUGCGAUUUCGGUGAAAUUCGUCAAGUGUAAUGUGAUCAUCUGGGCCGAUCAGCUUGCCGUGUUCAAGACAGCAUUGUCCUCUUCUCCUUCUGGAAGGGUCGACAUAGUCAUUGCCAAUGCUGGUAUUAGUGGAGCAGACUCCGUGUUCUGGAACGACGUCGAGGCUGAAGAGCCCGAAGAGCCCAAGCUGAACGUGCUCAACGUCAAUCUGACCGGCGUCUUAUACACCACCAAACUCGCGCUCCAUUACUUCCGCCGGCAGAAUGCCUUGAACAAAGGGGAACCUCUCGACCAGGUACUCAUCUUGCAGGGGAGUCUGGCUGGCUAUAUCGAUCUCCCAGGAGCCCUUCAAUAUGCGGCCUCAAAGUACGGUCUUCGUGGAAUCAUGAAGUCUUUGCGCAGGACCGAAUGGGAGCAUAACAUCCGAGUUGCCUAUAUCGCGCCUUGGUUGGUCAAGAUGCAAAUGACCUUGGCCAAGGAUCCUUGA